AUGUCAAACAACGAAAUUGAUACAACCAUCAAAAGGUUGGCUCAGGCCAUGAUGCCAGGUUGUAUGUUGACUUUAAAUUAAAUACUUUGGAAAGAUUGGGCGGGCCGUAUUCAAACACUUGGCGGGCCGGAUGUGGCCCCCGGGCCGUAGUUUGCCCACCCCUGAUCUAAACCCUUCUAUACGCCAUUCACAAGUCCACUUUUAUUCAAAAAGAACAUACAUAUCUAUAUAAAACAUGUCCCGAGCUUAAUUAUAAAAUAUUAGCAAGAUUUAAGAACUUUAUCUUUUCCUGUUCCCGGGUGCGUUCUUUGAGCGAAUGCGGAGAUAUGACGUAACACGCAGCUCCAGACGUUCUUCCAUUUUUUAAAAAUGGAGGCCAGCAAUCGGCACUGGACUGCUAAGGAAAUUUUAUUUUUUAUCCAAACUAAAUUUCAAGACUGGACGAAGGAAAAACUGGCAAUACGGAGUUAUUCCAACUAGGGAAAGAAAAACUGGAGGAAGUCGGUAUCACGUGAUGUUGGUGUUUACAUUUUACUGGGCAUGCCCCGUUGACUAUUAUGCUUGAUUAUAGCGGCGCAUGUAGACACGUGAUUGGAAUAUUCCUUUCCAUGUAUACCAUUUAUUUAUUUCCAUUUAUUAAACUCCUCAUGUAAACGUGGCUAGUGUCUUUUGCAACCCGUUGUGAAAUAAAAGUGAUUUUAAAUCCUCGUCGAGGUCACUGGCACUUGAUAUUUAAAGGAUGUGUGGCCUCACAGGAUUUGAAAUGAAGCAUUCUCGGCGUCCUUAUUUUAAAGGCAUAGAAACGACGUGUGAAAAAAGGAGGCGUAAAGCUAAAGCCAGGAACAUUCAGUUUGACUCCACAAGUAAAAAAACAAAAAAAACAAAACAAUUGCGUAAAUACAGUAAUUGUGAGCAUUAUUCUUAAAUCGCUACGCAGCAGUUUGUACAGGCAUUUCAGUGCUAAUUGUACAUUUAGGGUAUAUAAUGUUACUCGAUGUGUGUAUAUAUUGAGGUAACGUCAUAGCAACAGGAGAGGUUGUGUGUAAAAGCCUUACAGUCAUGCAUCGGACGACAGUAGCUUGACGUGCGCUAGCGUUGUUGUCCCUUUUUUGUGUGUAUCGUUCAAGUUUUUAAAAAAAAAAAAAAAUUGUACUCACAUUUAAGUGCUAUUCGUGCGCAAAAACGUCACGGGCGCCACGGCAGUUUCAAGGUCGGCGUCAAAAGGUCACGGCAGCAGGCGUUGCAGUGUCGCGUCGUCCAGUUUAUUGACGGCGACGAUGUGAUCCAGGUGUUGAAGGUACUGGUCUUGGUCUCGCAUGAAAUGCGGGAUUCGGGCGCUGGUGAUGGCCGCUAGGUGACGCAGCCGCUCCACGUCUUCGUAGGACACCUGUGGGAGUGACGGUUGUCAGUCAGUUUUUUGUCACAAAAUAACACUCUAGUCGUGUGUUGGUAGUGAGUACCUGAAGUAGUAUAAGUAUAAGUAUAAGUACAUGAAGCAUAUUGGAUUGUGUCGCAACAAUGAAGAACGACUGGGAGGAUUCUGGAUUCAGUCACUUUUAUUCCCAAUGGUGAUCUGAAAUCGGAGGAUGUUUAUCCAGUAUUAAGGAAUCCAGUCACCCCUAUUUGAUACCGAGACGAUCCACGUAGAGAACACCAUUUCCAGUAUGUUGGAUGGGUCUUGGUCUACCGAGACCAGGUUUUAAGAGGUUAAGGAAGGUUUUAUGCUAGUAGCGGUUUGACUGACCGCACCUCGCCCGGGAAAGGACUGGGAUAUUGAGUCCGAAUGGGUCGAUAUUGGUCGGUGGUCGGUCGCAGCGAUGGUGGACACCCGAGAUCAGGGUCAAGCUGAAAAAACCAAGGCCGCCCUUGACAGAAUUCCCAGGCCCAAGCCAAGGCAUCGUGGGAGUCCUGGGAAUGAGGUCCUGACCCAGGUUCAAGAAUAUCUGGAUCUCCUGAGGUGGAUAGGCGUAUUGCCGUACAGGACUGAGGCGGAAGGCAAAGCUCUCAAAUUACCGGUCUAUGUUCCCACCCUCACCCACGGUCCUGGGUCGUGACCAAAAGAACGCUAUCAUGGAUAUAAGCGCCCGAAACUAGUUUCCUCCGGAGCUGGACUCGCCCUAAGUGAUAGUCGAGUCGCUCCUCCUUCUUAUCAAGAGGAGCCAGUCGUGUGUGGCUCGGCCUUGGUGUCCCCUCCCGAUGGAGCUCGAGGAGGUGGCUGGGGACUGGGAAGUCAGGGUCAAGCUGAAAAAGCCAAGGCCGCCCUUUUUCGCCGUGUUUUCAUGCACAGAAUUCCCAGGCCCAAGCCAAGGCAUCGUGGGAGUCCUGGGAAUGAGGUCCUGACCCAGGUCGAGGAGUUCAAGAAUAUGUGUAUCUCCUGAGGUGGAUAGGCGUAUUGCCGUACAGGACUGAGGCGGAAGGCAAAGCUCUCAAAUUACCGGUCUAUGUUCCCACCCUCACCCACGGUCCUGGGUCUGACCAAAGGAACGCUAUCAUGGAUAUAAGCGCCCGAAACGAGUUUCCUCCGGAGCUGGACUCGCCCUAAGUGAUAGUCGAGCCGCUCCUCCUUCCUAUCAAGUGGAGCCAGUCGUGUGUGGCUCGGCCUUGGUGUCCCCUCCCGAUGGAGCUCGAGGAGGUUGCUGGGGACCUGGAAGUCUGGGCUUCCCUACUGAGACUACUUCCCCACGACCCGGACCUGGACGCGGAUAAGCGGAGGACAAUGGAACUUAUUUGUAUUUCCAAAACGGGAACAUUUGCGAGAGUUCGUCAACUUCGAGCACAACAGAACCUACUAACCUAUUGUUGCAGGGAUGCUUAUCGAAGUUCCGACACUGACCUUUCCCAAGGAAGUCAACAUCUUGAAGUCAAUGUUCUUUCGAUGGCGUAGUAUCUUGAGGAUCCCGUCCAAGUAAACCUGGUCUUUACUGAAGCAGCCUGUGAAAAGUUAAAAAACAAAGAACCAAUCAAACGUAAGAAUCAAAAGAUGAUGGUGGUCAGUGGGCCACUUUGGAAUGUCCUGGAUCCUGGAAAAGACAUAUAUAUAUAUAUAAAAUGGGAAGAAAGAAUGAGAAGUAAGGUGAAAUGUCCUGGAAUCUGUGAAGUUAUGAUCGAUCUUCCCAAUGACACUCAUUGCUUCCUGUUGACUCGGUUGCUAGAUUUAGCAACUUUUCAUAGCGACUUUAGCGCCUACGGACAAAACUAUUGAUCCGUAUGACAUUGCAAGCAGGAUCACAUUAGGGGUGUAAGAAAAUAUCCUUUCGGCGAUAUAUAUCGCGAUACUUUGUUCCACGAUACUGUAUCGAUAUCAAUAAUUUUAGACAUUUAUCAUAGACUGCAUAUGGUAUUUUUUCACCUCCGAUCGUUAGGUGGCAGCACUUACGUAGUCAAUUAGCGCAAGGACGUUGAACGAGAUAAAGUAUUCGGGGAAACACGACAAAUCUGCGAGUCCACUUAUCGAGACACCAUGAGGAGCUAGCUAGCAAGCUAGCAAGCAAUGCCAAGGUCCUUUUGUAUACUACAAAAGUAGUACUGUGAUAUUGCAGGUAUUUUGUUUUUCAAAUUGAUAUCGCUAUUUUGUUAAGUAGUGGUUAUUUCAAGCAUCCUAAAAGGACUUUUUUACUGAUGUUAGGUACUUUGUUGCACAAAAAUACAUUUUUUCACAGCUAAUAGAAUGGGAACAUUUGAGCAGGAUCUUGACACAUAAUUUAAUUUAUUUGUUUUUUAUGUUUUUUUUUUGUAAAUUUAAAGCUGGAUGUUAAAGCUUUAUUUAUCCAAAUGCUACAUUUUACGUUUUUAGAUAGAUAGAUAGACUUUCUUUAUUGUUAUUGCACAACAACACAGCAGUGAAAUUGCCAAAGAAAUGUCAUUCACGGUCAUUUUUUCAAGUAAAUUGAGGGAUCAAAAGCAGUAUCGGCCACAAAUAUCGGCAAAAUCAGCCAUCGGCUGAGGGCGAUGGGGGAAAAAAAAUCGGUAUCGGCAUCGGCCCCCCCAAAAAAAUCGGUGGAUAAUAAAUAAAUAAAUAAUAAUGUGAAGAAUAAAUAGAUGACAUCAAAUAUGAACAGUACAGCGUAAACAGUAAUUUGUACAAAUAAUUUAAAUAAUUUAGAAUAAAUUAUAAUUAUUAUUAUUUAUAAUAAUUAAUAAUAAUUAUUAUUACAGAGGAAAGUUUGUGAUACAGUGUAAUAUAAUACUAAAUAAUAAAUUUAUAAUAAUAAAUAUAAUAUGUUCUAAUGGAAUAAAAAUGUGUUUAGUAAGUGAAUAUCGCUGGUGAAAUUCAGUUUUUCCAGGAAAUAAUCUUUAACUACAAGAAAAACAAAAAACAAAUCGCCUUGUUAACAGUAUUGUGAUAUACAGUAAACCUCGGAUAUAUCGGAUUCAAUUGUUCCCACUGGUUUUGUCCGAUAUAAGCGAAAUCCGUUAUAUGCGUAUACCGGAAAAUGUCCGUUUUACGCAUAUAUGGGAUUUAUAUCCGGUAUAUGCGUAAAUGGGAUUUUAUCCGUUAUAAAAAGGCACUUCCUUGACUAUGUUUCCAAUGUACCUGGACGCGCAGGCAACGCUGCAAACGCUGCAAAUGACGUCGUAUAGCGGCCAUGUCACGAUUCGGCGAAUCGGAGCGCCACGAUGCGGCCAUCCGAUAUAUGCCAGGGAAAUUUCAUGGAAAUGCAUUGGAACGGGACUGGAGAUUUUGUCCGAAAUAGGCGAAAUCCGUUAUAAAAAAAUCCGAUAUAUGCAAUGAAUUUUUAUUGGAAAUGCAUUACAGAAAAAUCGGUUCUUUUUUAUCUGUCCGUUGUGAGCGAAUUUCCGAUAUAUCUGAGUCCGAUAUAUCCGAGGUUUACUGUAUCGUAUCGUGAUACGUACUAGAUUCUUUUUCAAUACAUACCCCUAGAUCACAUGACACGCUACGUCGGCGAACACUUAAGCACUUAAUGUUGUUCUUCCUUCUACAUUCUAUUUGUCACUUUACCGGGCUGGGAAGUGUCCGUCUGUCCCCUCUUGGCGCGCAGGCAGUACUCCCAGCGGACGUCUGGAUCCCGAACAAAGCGAGCAAUGUGACCGAAGAGCUGGCUGAAGCUCAUGCUGCCGGCAUGGAAAACGGCCAGUAAAAACAAGCCAGUGACUGCAAAAUGGCCGCCUGGCCUGCACUUUGAACACCCUUGGCUUAAACAACGACCUCAUGAGUGCGUUCACCAUAAAGGUUUACCAAACAUUCCAGACGGGCGAUCGGAGCAGGUCUCAUCGUUGAUGACUCGGCAGCGGGCGACAGCAGUGACCAGUGUGUUGGACAGCAUGUCUGUAUCUGAGGUCCAAUCCGAGCAUGUUUCUCACGCAAAGACGGCAGCAGGGUGUAUAAAAGCCACAAGGUGCCACCCGUCCGUGCAGACACGUUCCGGCGACAUGGCCCAGAAGACGGUACUGAUUGUGUACGCCCACCAGAGCGUGGGCUCAUUCAACUCCGCAGUCCGGGACGCGGCUGUUAAGGAGCUAGCAAAGCAGGGCUACAAGGUCAUCGUGUCGGACCUUUACGCCAUGAACUUCAAGGCCUCCGCUACGCAGGACGACAUCAUUGGUGACCUGGAGAACCCCAAGCUGUUUCAGUAUGGAGAGGAGACCAUGCAUGCCUGGUUGGAUGGGCGCCUCAGUGAUGACAUCAUGGCCGAACAACAAAAAGUAAAAGAGGCGGAACUCAUCAUCUUCCAGUUCCCUCUGUACUGGUUCAGUGUUCCUGCCAUCAUGAAGGGAUGGAUGGAUCGAGUGCUGGCUCAAGGAUUCGCUUUCUCCUUGGAAAAGAUGUACAAUCACGGCGUCUUCAAGGACAAAAAAGCCAUGUUGUCGUUCACCACUGGAGCAACAGAAUCAAUGUUUCGCCCUGAUGGCAUCAACGGAGACAUUAACGUCACACUGUGGCCUCUGCAGAACGGCACUCUGCAUUUCUGUGGAUUCCAGGUCCUCGCUCCUCAGAUCUUCUGGAGUCCAGCUCACCGCACCCUUACAGUUAGAACAGCAAUGCUACAAAGCUGGGAAGAGCGACUCAAAGGACUGCUCGCUGAAAAGCCUCUGACCUUUGCACCGUGUGAGUUGUUCGGCCUCAGCUUCCAGGAGGGCUUCUCGCUCCUGCCCCAUGUUAAGGAGGAGCAGAAGUCAAACACCCACGGGAUCACUACGGGACACCAUCUUGGAAAACCGCUCCCGCCUGACAACCAGACCAAAGCGCAUUCGACAGACAACUGAACCAAUAAGAGAUGAGCAAAAUCACUUAAGUUGACAUAUGACUUGGCUUUUUUUAUGUAUCUCAUUUUAAUAAACAGUACAUUUAUUAUCAUUAUG